UUUAAACCUGAAUCUACCGGAAGUACUUAUUGUACGUGAACUGAAGAAGCAGAUCCCCUUGCAAACAGUUUGAAAUAGUGCAAAGUGUGUGCACCAUUAUUUGUGAACGCCGCUGCUUUUGCCAAACUAGGACGGAGUGAAAUAACUACGUUUGGAAUCUGGAUUGCCACAGCAGAGGGACAUACAGUCGUAUCCUACCACUUGUUCUGCCAUCCCCUGACUGUGCCCAGAGGAGAUGACGGCAGAACCCGGUGACUCGGCGGAGGCUCUUCCCAAUGGCAGCCCCUCACCAGCCAAGCGAGGCAGGGGUCGGCCUAAGGGCUCCGCGGAAAAAAAGGCCAAGAUCAAUUUGUUUCCUCGGAAACUCUCCCGGGUCCCCAAGGUAAUCGACUUCUUCUCCGCCUCUGCGCCCCAAGGGCAGGAACGCAAACGGGGGCGGCCCAAGAAAAGGCUGAGGGGUCGGCCAAGAAAGACGCCGCUGUCACCGGACGAGGAGGAGGCGGAUAAGAAGUUGUCUGCUCGCUCGAAUCCGAGGAAGCGCAAACUAUCAAAACCGCUGGGGCGCCCACGCAUCCACCCCAUUAAGGAUUCUCAGACCCCCAGUGGGCGUAAAAGGGGGCGCCCCCGUAAGUCUGCCUCGGCUCCCAGCAGAAGCUCCUCUAAGGGUGCUGCUGCCGCCACCAACGGGACCCCAACCAAGAGGGGGAGAGGCCGACCUCCCGGUACGGCAAACAAAGCUCGGCGUCUCCCGUUUACUCCGGGUCGGAAGAGGGGGAGACCGCUUGGCUCGGGGAAGGCCGCAGCUGGCGAUGGAACCCCUCGAAAGAGGGGCCGUCCACUGGGAAGUAAGAAACGGUCUCUGGCGGCAGCGGACGGCCCGCCAAAAAAGAGAGGUCGACCCCCUGGGUCGGGGUCUGGGUCUGCAGCUGCCAAGAAGAAGACAAAGCAGGUGGCGGAGGAUGGUACACCGAAGAAAAGGGGCCGACCACGUGGGUCUCUUGGCAAGAAGAGAAAGCAUUGGAUGGCAAAGGCACCAGAACCUAAGCCGGCCUUUGACGGCCCUCCACGCAAGAGGGGUCGACCCCGGAAAGUCCAAUCAGCUGACCUCGCCUCCAACAGCGAAGAAGCGGAGCAAGAGCCAACACCGCCGGCCCAGGAGGAGGGGCAAGAGAAUGGACAGGUGGCAACAGCAGCCAAUGAGAGCACAGAACCAGCCCCAGUAGAGGAGGGGCAUGACGACAUCCUGGCCCCUGUCGAGGAUGAAGACGAACUUCAGGGUGGGGAUGAGGGCAAUGCCGCUAUUGUUGAGGAGGUUGUGGAGGAGCCGCCAGUUGCCAAAAGUAGUUCCAGUGGGAAGAAGACCCUCGUUACGGAGGAGGUUGAAGAAGAGCCGCCAGUUGUGAAAAGUGGCUCCAGUGGGAAGAAGACCCUCGUUACGGAGGAGGUUGAGGAAGAGCCGCCAGUUGUGAAAAGUGGCUCCAGUAGGAGGAAGAGGAAGACCCUCGUUACGACGGAGGAUGAGGAUGAGGAGCAGGAGCCGCCAGUUGCCAGUGGCACCAGUGGGAAGAAAUCUCGAGCCUCGUCGCGCGCGAGAGCAGUGUGAGAUGCCUGGGUUCAAAGAAAAAAAGGAAGCCAACGUUCAGCCAACAUUUUAUUUUUUUAAUGAGAUGAACAGUAUACAUAAUGCCUGUUUAUCCUUUCCAAAUGUAUACAGGGCUCAGCAUACUCAACACAGUGGUCACUGUGCACACCAGUCUGACCUCAAAAUCAGCAGAGGACAUCAACCCAUGUCUUUUUUUUUUUUUUUUAGUAUAUAUUUUUUGGGCUUUUUAUGCCCAUCAUAGGUCAAUUGACUCCAAAAACUUAAGUUAAAGUAGUAAAAUAAUAAAGAAAAAAUCUUUUGAUAAUGGCAUUUAAGAAUGGGGAUCAGAUAACAUCACACCUCCCGUGCGCAGUGGCCACUGUGUCGAAUAUCCUGAGCCCUCAAGAUGUCUCUACCAACUGGAUAUCAUUGAAAUAGUUUUUCAACAGUAGCUCCUUGGUGAGCCUACGCUACUUGUGUUUUGUAUUGACACUUAGACCAAACUCAUCUGAUGCCAUUAAAGCCUACCUUACACUGACACGAUUUGGGAAAGAUUCUUGAAAGAUUGUAUUUUGAGUAGAGCUUGAAUGAGGGGCAUUAGUUAAAGGACUACAAUCUUUCAAGGAUCUUUCCCAAAUCUUGUCAGUGUAAGGUAGGCUUAAGAUGUUUAGACACAUCAUGUAAAAAUAGACAUAAGGCUCAUUUUAGCUGGCGAUUGCCACCUGAUGGUCUGGCCGCUUGCUCUAUAUCUUGUCCCAUUCACUAAAAUAGAAAGGAGGAUGACAUCACUGAUUGUGAGUCAGUUGUCUGGUGAUCACCUGCUGUCUGUCGGUCUUAAGAAGGGAGAGCUGGGACUCCGAGGGUGGACUGAUUACUUCAUUAGUCAAAGUGUUGUUAAAGGUAGUCAGUGGUUAUUGUUGUAAAAAAAACACUUCACAAUCUUUAAACACUUCUAGACCUACAAUGUCACAGUUGCAAGUAUCAUCAGUUUAACACCAAAAGCUACUUACAGUAUGUUUUAAGAGCGAAAACAACUGUUAUUUUGGUAGAUAUUUUAGAAAGGAAAUAUGUGCCCCGUUAUGCCUGUGUGCUUUAUGUUUGAAACAUUUCAAACAUUUUUCUUUGUUGGCCUGUAUUUUUAUCGUCUUUACAAAUGAAAACAAGCUCACCUUUAUUAUGACCUGUGAGUUUUGUUUGUGUUCUUGUGUGUCAUUGUUGACCUGUUUUUAAGCAUCUGACUUUUAGACGUGUGUGUUAUUUUCUAAAACAAUUAUGUUAUCCCGACAAGGUGGCUAAAUUGCAAAUACAUGAUUAUGGAUUUAAUUUGACUGUACUUCAGUGAAAUCAAAGAACAGGAAGAUAGUAUAGCCACUCGGCUCCUGAAAGGGAAAUGAUUGUAUUUCAAAUUUUUAUACAGUUAAUUUUGUGUUGUGUUAAAGCUACUUGGUUGUCCUACUGCUUAUCAGUAAAGCAUCACCUCAUGACUGUCACAGGAGAAGGAACUCUAUUGGGUUUUGGUUUAUGUGGUCAAACUUAAUGGUUGAGACUUGAGUACUUCAUUAUGUUGGGAUUACUUUUAGUUUAGUGGGGUUUUUUUUAGAUGUGUUUUCCCCACUGUUUCAAGUACUGUUUUGUAGAUGGUAAGGCCUCUUGUAAUUGUAAGGCCUCAGCUAUGACGUGUAAGGCUUUUGCUCUCUUUUUUGCUAGCAUGUUUCCUUCCUGUAACAAAUGACAUUAAGUAUGUUUAUUUAGUGUUAUCCUUCAACUAAAUAAAGUAUUUUCUUUCAGUGUUGAACACAA